AUGAGCCAACACCUGGAAGGAAAAGUGGUAAUAGCAGGCGAUUUUAAUGCUAUAACAAGCCAAGCAGAAAAAGAGGGUGGAGGCCAAAAAUCAGCAACCACCAUUGCAACAUUCACUAAUUUUAUUGACAGUAACGAAUUAGUGGAUAUUGGAAUGGUGGGGCGCCCUUUCACGUGGACAAAUCGAAGACAAGGAGAGAAUUUGGUGAAGGAGAGGCUUGACCGCUAUUUAGUUGGGAUGGAAUGGAAGUUGAAGUUUCCGAAUGCAGUGGUGCACAGGCUCACAGAGUCAGGCUCGGAUCAUGCUCCAAUUUUGAUGGAAACCAAACCUCAAUCCUGGCAUAGUAAAAGGUGGUUUAAAUACCAGGAACGUUGGUGUGGAGAAGAGGAUGUCAAGAGAAUUGUCAGUGAAGUGUGA